AUGAAUAUUAACGUGGUAAAACCAUCAACAUGGGUUCAUAUACGGGGAGAUCAGAAAAUUUCUGCGGUAAAUUGCUUUAAUGAUAAGUUAUUCUUGGGUUUAAAUGAGGGCGAUUUAAAAGUAUAUUCUAUAAAGACGCCUAAAGAAGAACUUCCUGAUUCAAAAUAUCCAAAUUAUCCCAGUCAUACUAAGUCUUUUAAUGAUACUAAAUCAUUGUUCAAUAAUAAUGAUCAAUUGCAUAUAUUUAAUUUGGAAACUUCAUUUAAAAAUACUACAGGUAAUCACACCGCUAUAGAAAGAAUUCAUAUAAUUUCAAACGUAUCAAAUGCUAACGAUAAGGAAAGAUAUACGUUGAUAAUAUCUAAUCUGAAUUUAAUAAGGAUCUAUGAAUUAAUAGGAGCAAGCUUAAAUCUAAUUGAAGAAAUAGAAGAUUCCAAGAACUAUGUUGACUAUGUAAGUGUUCGUAUGGCACAACAAACAUUGAUAAUUACGGGUGCAAAGAAGACACUUACCAUUUAUGAAUUAACACAGAAAACUCGUAAUACAUUUCUGUUUCAUAAAGUUGAGGAUAUAAUUGUAAAAGAUAAGAUAAAAGCCAUACACUUGUUACCUCAAAUUAAUAGAAACCAAGUCAUCGUAGGGCUUAUAAGUGAUUUCUUAAUAAUUGAUUUAGACAAGAACUUCAAAGUAUACUCUGUCCCAUUUGAUGAGAUGAACCUAGGAAAUUUCAUGCAUACUACGUCCUUCGGUUACUUUGGAUUAUCAAAGACUGGCCCAGAAAUACGAAUCAUUCCAGUGAGUGAUGAUGAAGUAUUGUUAAUAAAGGAUACACAGGCGGCAAAAUUAAUACUUAAUGAUGACUCACCAACUGUUGUAAAUACACCUAUUAAAUUUCUGCUGAUUCCGUUGUUUGUAACUUGUUUAGAGCCAUGCUAUCUUUUGGCUGUCUACAAUAAGAGAAUGGAAAUUAUAGACUUUGAAAGCGGCGAUUUAGUUCAAAAGUUUCAGCAUAAUAUCAACUCAAGUUAUAUAUGUGGAUAUCAUACAGAUGAUAAGAUAUUUUUGGGUUCGGGGAUAGACUUAUUACAUUUCAGCAUUCUUGAUUACCAAAAGCAGGUAGAUCAAUAUUUAGAUUAUAAGGAACCUAAGGGUUUCAAAAGAAAUAUAAGAGACGCAAACUCUGAUUUAAAGCUCAUAGGAAUUUCAAAAUCUAUUUCAUUGGUGUCUAGAUUGAAAAAUGAUAAUGAAUUUUUUAAGAAUACUAAAGGUUCAAAUGAGAAGAACAAACAAUUAGCGCUUAGAGAUUUAUAUAAGUCUAAGGCUAUAAAAUUAUUUGAAUGUUACUUUAAGUAUCACGAAUCUUUGGUUGAGAUUGCGUCAGAUUGGAUAAUAUCAUAUAAAGAUAUACUUCCUUUGUUUCCUGAUUUUCUAAAUGCAGAAAAGCAGAUUAAUCGCGUUGCAGACAAAACUCAUCAGCCUUCAUCAAAUGUUGUUAAUAGAAUAUCAUUGGAAGAUAUUCUGUCUACGACAUUGGGACAUACCACCACUGCUGAUUCUGCUACAGACUAUGAAAUAGCGGAAUCGUCAAAAACUGAAAGAACGUCAACAGGAUCACUUCAUGAAUCCAAAUCAGUUUCGGAACAUUCAAAAUCAAAUAAUGUUAGGAAAUUCAACAAAGCUGUGAGUAAUUUGAUAAUAUACUUUACCGAACAAAGAAGGAUCCAUGCAAAUUUUUUUAGUAACGAUUCUGAUUCUACUCCAUCAAUUAAAUGGAAGGGCAUUGAAAUAACACCAUAUGAUAUUUAUCCAUUUAUGGUACCUGAUGAUUUAGAAAGUCAGCUCUAUGAGACAGCUUCAAUCAUUGAUACAGCAUUAUUUUUAUGCUAUUAUUAUACUAAGCCGAUGCUAUUAGGGCCAUUGUUGCGGUUGCCAAAUAAUAAAUGUGAUACAAAAAUUGUUCAUGAAUGUUUAUUAGCCAAUUUGCAUCAGCAUAAUAAACAACCUUCAUUUAUUAAAGAGUUACUUGAUUUUUACUAUGGACGAAACCUCCAUAAGGAUGCCCUAGAAAUGCUUUAUAAGCUAGCACACGAAAAUACGGACGACCAUGAUGAUGACUUCGAUGACUUCUUACGAGGGCCUGCAUUGACUGUACAAUAUCUUCGAAAACUCGAUGUAAAUGAUUUAGACUUAAUUUUUGAAUUUGCAGAAUGGGUUAUGAAAGAAAAUGACGAUACCGCAUAUAAAGAUGCCGAAUUAAUAUUUAUGAAUGACUCAUAUGAAUGUGAAAGCUAUGAUCAUUUCAAGGUUCUUGAGUUCCUUGUGAGUGUUGUAAAAAAUGAUACCAUAGCCAUAAGGUAUCUAGAAUGGUUAUUAUUUGAGAGCGAGAUAUUUAAAGAAGUUGAACCAAGCAACACUGUACUGAAGUUUCAUACUAAAUUAUGCUUGUUAUAUUUGACAAAGAUUAUACAAAUACAGUCUAAUGAUGAGAAUUUUGCAGCAUCUCAGUAUUAUAUUAAAUUGAGUGAUAUCCUUGAAACUACAACUUUGUAUGAGCCUUGGACGGUCUUAAAUGCUAUUCCAAAAACAGAGGAUAUGUUUCUUCGGUUAACAACAUUUAUUUACAAGAGACUAGGUGAACACGACAAAGCCAUAGAUGUUCUUUUCAGUCAAUUGGAAGAUUUGGAUUCGGCUAUGAAAUAUUGUUCUGAUAUCUAUUACCAACCGCAUAAUAAACAAUCAGGAGAAAAAUUAUUGCAUAAGUUGCUUGAUGAUUUACUACAACACGCAAACGAGAAUAUAUCCUCCAUCGAGAAAUUAUUGUAUACCCAAGGUUCUAAAAUGUCAAUCCUUCUUAUAUUGACCAGUUUACCAAACACAUUCCCCCUUUACAAGCUAGAAAAAUUUCUCAGUGAACAAUUAAGAUCCUCGAUGGAUUUUGUUCAUGAUACCAGCGUUGCGAGUCAAUUAUAUAAGGUUGGUACUACCAAAUUACAAGAUAAAUUGCAAACCACUCAAAGUGAAGGAUACACGGUCGAAAGUGGAAAGCAAUUAUGCACCAUUUGCAACAAAAAAUUGGGUUACAGUGUGUUGAGUGUUGGCAAAGAUAACCAGAUAGCACAUUAUGGUUGUUACCAAAGAGAGCAACUAGGUACUAUUUGA